CAAGAACAUCCACUGACUUGGCGAUUCCGGCACUCGCGAUCAGAAAUUCUGAAGACACUCCGCCAGCGACCAUUUUUCUCUUUUCUCACAAUACUCUCAUUUCCUGAAGCGCACUGCCAACUCAAUCACUGAGCCUGAGGAUGGGUGCUAAUAUACUUACUCGGACGGCAUUGACCUCUCAGGCUGUAGUUUUGUUGCUUUGUCUGUUAGGUUUGAUUGGUCAAAGUCUCUCCGGCUUCAUAACGUCCGAAGAUCUUUGGGAAAUACAAGAAUCUCACUUGAGAGCAAUGCAGCUUGGAGUGGAUGAUUCCCCCCACGGUGACAUUCGAGCUCCGAUCUCAGUCAAAGAGAUCGCUCAGAAGAUCAGUGGAGGACCCGCUGAAGGGGCUAAACACGUGGUGCCAGAGACAGCUUACGGAAUACGCCGAGAGCUAACGGAUCAAGUCGCGGAGCCUUUCAAACAGAGCUUAAGAGGUAUAGCAUUCGGUUCGAUCGAACAAACUGAAGAGCUACGUCAGAAUCUCGUCGGACGAAACUACGAGCGUCUCGAGAAUCUUAUAGAACUAAUCCCGCUCGAUACGAACAAGCCCAGUUACUUGCAGGAGGGGAUGGAAGAAAAGGCUUUUCGUAUUCAAAAGUAUGAAGAGACGGUAUCAAAAUUCUUUCGGGAAACAAAAAUUAUUCUGGAUAUCCUUCAGGUCCCGCAUCUCGUCACUCUAUCCAACAUCGAUUCCCACCCCAUCACCCUUACAACUGCAUUACAUAACAUCAACGAUAUUUCUGUCAGACUCCUUGUCAUUUCCGAAAAGCAUCAACUUCUUAGCGAACGAGGGAUCCAAAACUUGAUGAAAAAUGAGAAAAUGCACCAGUUCCUAUUUAACUAUAUCUUGCGCAGGUUUCGGAUAAGGCCAGAUAUCACUUCAGUUUAUUUGAACUCUGACUUGAAGCUUAGCCUGGAAGAAAGUCCAUUCACUGAAGAGCUCAGGGGAAUUUUGAAAUCUUUUCAAGCAGCUAACUGGAGGAAGUUAGAGCGUCUGUUUGUAGGUGCCCAAAUCAAGAGUUUUGAAAAUGAAUUUGGUCAGAUCUCAAUCCAGAAAGAAUUUUUGAAAGUCACAUCAUCUAGCGUGCUGAAGAGAGCUGGCACCCGUUAUUUUGAUAAGAAAGUUAUGACUUUCAUGAAAGAUUUGAUCCAUUUAACUUCUGCAAUACCUGUCAAGGACGCCAUCAACGCGAAAACAGGAACAAAUAUCUUGAAACUAAAACUUUUACAUAACAUGCUGAGAAUCAUGAAUCGAUAUAUUGUUGGGCAAGCUUCAAAGCAAACCCAACGUAAAAUCAAAUAUUUAACUCAUAAUCCCAAGUCAACUUCAAAUCUCCAGGCCUUUGAUGAAUCAAUGAUCCUAUUUUCUGAUGUACUCAAGUCAGUCUAUGUGAAGUAUGGCGAGACCUUGCAAGAGCUUCCUGAGGAUUUGAAAUCGGACCCGGAUUUCAAGAAGAAAGUCGAAGAGAAGAUUUACUUGACGGAUUCAAACAAGAGCAAUCAAGCGUCCAUGCUCUCCACUGCCAGUACUUCCGCCAAUCAAGACGAUAUCAAAUUAGAUCAUUCUGAAUCAGAUCGAUUUAUUGGGGUGAAUCAUCCUCAAUAUAGGUUUCAACAUCUAUUUGAACACGGUGAAAGUUCAGAUUCGUUACCCAAGGAUGGAAAACUAUUUCGGACUAAACUCAAGGGUGAACUCAAGGUUGAAGGAUUGAAGGGUAUCAUCCAACCAAUCCUAGAACGUCUUCAAAAAAUAGAUACAAGUUCAGAGGCUUCUCUCUACACCAAAUUUGAUCAGUUAGGUCAUAUUCUAAGCCGUCCCAAUAGUGAAUUGAUCUAUCGUGAGAGGCUAUCAUAUCAGUGAAAUGUAUUUUCUUUUUGUGAAUGAUGUGGUUUGA